AUGGGCUCGUUUGCGUUCCUUUCGAAGCUUUUUUACCCUGUAAAGAUGCUAGCCUUAUUAGGCCUUUCCAUCUCAGGCGCUGCGCUUGUGGGACUUUAUACGUUCCAGAGCCUGCUCAUUUACCCAGCUUCUAUGAACGAUGGCCAUGGCUAUUGUGCUAGACCUGAGGAGUUUGGUAUGCCUGAUUAUGAAGACUUGUACUUGGAUACUGAAGAUGGAGAGCUGUUGCAUUGCUAUUGCUUGAAGCAUGACAAGAAACUGCCUGACUAUACCAAUAAGACGGUGCUUAUUCUUUCACCUAAUGCUGGUAACAUUGGCCAUGCUUUGCCAAUUGUGUCGAUGUUCUACAAGAACUUUGGGUACAAUGUCUUUAUUUAUUCAUACAGAGGGUAUGGUAAGUCUACGGGUAAACCAUCGGAAACUGGUCUUCGUUUAGAUGCUCAGGCAAUCAUGAGUUACAUUGCUCAGGACGAACAACUUCUGCAAUCUUCAUUGAUUCUAUAUGGAAGAUCAUUAGGAGGUGCCGUUGCCAUUUACAUUCUGUCACUUAUGGGUGCUAGCGUUCAAGGACUCAUUUUGGAGAACACGUUUCUUUCCAUUCCUAAGACGGUUCCCCACAUUUUCCCAUUUCUCAAAUACUUCACCAUGUUCGUGCAUCAGAAAUGGGAACUGGAGCGUCUAGUGCCACUCAUUCCAUCCAACAUUCCAGUUUUGUUCUUUAGUGCCAGAAAAGAUGAGAUCGUGCCUCCAAAUCAUAUGGACAAGAUUCACGAACUCUCGCAAUCCACAGAUAAGACGUUUUUCAAGUAUCCAAACUCCCAACACAAUGACACUGUGAUACAGCUAGACUACUGGGAACGUGUGCAUGAGUUCAUCAAGAACAAAGUUAAUCCAGCUGGAUACUAG